AUGUUUCUCACUGUAUCUGAUCAAUCAAGUACUGCACUUCAUAUACUUUUACGUAUAAACCUUAAUUAUACAAUCUUUUGGUUUAUUCUUGAAAUCCUUUUAUUUAUAUUUAAAUAUUAUCAUAUAACAUAUGCUUCAAGUGCAUUUGGUAUAGAAAUGGCAAUAAUAUUUAUGCUAUGUUUCAAUGAAUUUAUUCGACAAUUUUUUAAUAUUAAAGGAAACUUAAUGUUACAAACUGGCCUUUUAAUUAUUUCUAUUGUAUAUGGAAUUUUUUGUAUAAUUGGUUUUGUCUUCUUUAUUGUUUGGCAAUCUUAUAUUCAACGUGUAGAAAUUAUACUUUCAGCAAUUAGUUUAGCAUUAAUUACAAUUGAAAUAUUAUUAAGUAUUAUAACAAUUAUUCGUAAUAGUCGAGCAAUGCCUGUUUUAUCUAAAGAGCAAAAGAUUGAACGAAUGAAACAAGCUCAAAUACGAUUUCAAUCAUCAGUAAAAACUGACUAA